AUGCCGAAAUUGGUGAAGUGGACAAGAUGGUUUCUGAGGAAGGAGAUGAAGCUAAAUCCUCCUUUUGACGAGUGUCCCACAACCGUCCAUCAUCUCAUUAUGAAGAUCAUUAUUUGGAACAGUAGGGGCGCAUUGAAGCCCAAUUUCCGGAGUUAUAUCCAUGAUUUGGUUCAGAACCAUGACCUUGCCAUCAUGGUAAUCAUAGAGACUAAGCUUGGUGGCACUAAAGCUAAGGCGAUUACUGACAGGCUCCCGUUUGAUGGGGCCAUCCACACUGAGACGAUUGGUCCUAGAUGUGAGGAGCGUCGCAUCUUAUGGGAAAAUCUAAUUAAGGUGGCCGAUCUUCAUAACAUGCCAUGGAUCAUGGCUGGUGAUUUCAAUGAGCCUUUGAUUGAGAAGGAUAAGUAUAGAGGUAAAGGUGUUCAUAUGAAUCGUUCUCUGGCUUUCAAGGAUUGCCUGGAUUAUUGCAAUAUGUUUGAUAUGGGGUUCUCUGGGCCGAAAUACACGUGGAAAAACAAAAGAGAGCUAAAUAAUCUUAUCCUUCAAAGGAUUGAUAGAUUUUUCAUGAACCCGGAUUGGUGUCUGCUUUACCCUGACGCAAGAGUCAUACACCUGCCUAGAUGUCACUCAGAUCACUCUCCGGUUCUUAUGGAGACUCUUCCUAUCAGAAACAUCAACCUUACUAGACCUUUCAAGUUCCAGGAGUUUUGGCUUUUUGAUACCUCCUUUCCCAGUGUGGUGUCUCGGGCCUGGAGUGGGGGUAGGGACUUGGCAGAGUGCAUCAAUACCUUUUCUAGGGAUGCGUCGAUGUGGAAUAAAACUUAUUUUGGAAAUGUCCACUACAAGAAAAGGAGAGUUAUUACUAGAAUUUACGGGGUUCAGUAA